GAGCCCAUCGCCGCCGUGACCCCACGCCAGCUGUUCGCCUCGCCCGAUGUUCACAUGCCAGACCCCUCGGACAACGAAGACCGUGGCGAGCCGAAGACACCGCAGACCGUGCCAGAGCCCGGGUACCAGCCCAAGGCAAACCGCAAGGACCAGGAGAAGCAGCCUAGAUUGUCCGACGCCAAACCCGCCGAGAAGCAGCAGCAGCCCACCGCCGUGCCGCAGACCAAACCGACCCACGAGAAGCAGGAGAAGACCGCCGUGCCGCAGACCGAACCGACCCACGAGAAGCAGGAGAAGGCCGCCGCCGUGCCGCAGACCGAACCGACCCACGAGGAGCAGGAGAAGGGCACCGACUUGCCGCAGACCGCACCGACGCACAAGAAGCAGGAGGAGCCCGCCACCGUUCCGCAGACCGAACCGAACCACAAAAAGCAGGAGAAGGGGGACUCCUCGCAAGCAGGCGGGAAUGACGGCAACGAGUCGGACGACGAUGCUGAUGCUGUGGCCCCCCAGAAGGAGCCGCCCAAGCAGCUCACAAGGGGGGCCGUGGACAAGCGGCUUCGCAGAGUGAUGGCUCCAAGAGUUGAUGGAUCGUAUCAGGUGCCGGAGGCCGUGAUCCUGCAGUGGAAGAGCAAGGACACCAAGAAGGACGUCGAACUUUUAUUCGAGAAAGCAGCCUACGACCCCGCGACAUUCGUACGGAAGGUGCGAAAAAUUUACCAGAAAAUCGAAGAAGAAUCCUUCACUACAGAGUACCAGUUCGUCAGCGAAGACGACAUGAUUGCUAUGAACUGGAAGAAGAUCAAGGGGGUCAAGGAGUACUGCAAGGAUCGCCCUGGAUUUCGCAGGCCUCGCUCCCGAAGCCGCCAUGAUUGUGAGAUCACCUUGGUUGUUGAAGGGCAAUUCUUGGGGGGCAGGUGUUGUGUGUAG